UUUCAGUGUGACAAGGUCACGUCUACCUCAUUUUUUAAUUAAACUUUAAUUAUACCUAAAUUGUAGGCGGAAUAUACUUUCGCAAAAGCUAACGGUACCCGCGCAUUUUCAAACGCUCGCGAACCGCGGGACACGUGUCGUAUCUGCGGUUUGUGCGUGCAAGAGAAGGAUAGUGGAGUGAUGAAAUCAUGGCAGUAGGGACGUUGCUUUUCCAGAGCGAUUACGGUUAAUAAUUACUUGAUAACAUGUUGCCCCGCAUGAAGGUUUAUCGAAGGAAAUUUAUUCAAUAUACACGUUAGUGAUAAAACGAAUUGGUUCACCAUAUGGUCGCGUACCGUAUAAAUGGGGAAACUAACCUUACAUCUCAUCUGUUGAUUUUGUUUUGUUAUUUGUUGUCGGUGUGAAGUUGAGUGACGUACAUACAAAAUGUUAAGCGGGAAUAUACUGUGGAUAUCCUCGUUGGUAGUAAUUCUAACAAACGGUAUUGAUCUUUCAGAAAACGCGACGCUAACCAAUAAGGAUUUGAAAAAAUACAAACAUCUGAUCGAAGGUCAAGGAUUGUACUCGACGGAAGACGAAGUGACAAUUUUAACCGCGUUUAAUUUUAAAAACGAAAUUUACAAUGCGUCGCACUCUUCUCUCGUCGAAUUUUACAACAGUUGGUGUGGUCACUGUCAGCGAUUUGCACCCUCGUGGAAAGCUCUCGCGGCCAGUCUGAAACAGUGGAAGGAUGUCGUCGUUAUUGCGGCCAUCGACUGCAACGACGAAGAUAACUCGCAACUGUGCCGAGAUUUCGAAAUUAUGGCCUAUCCGACUCUGCGGUACUUUCACGAAAAUUACAAGGAGGGAGCGCAAAAUAUAGGGGUGGAAGUGGAGAAGGGCGACGACGUUUACAGCCAAAAAAGACACUUGAUACAGCGCAUAAUUCAAGAGCAAACCGAGCGGAGGGGUACGCAAUUUCCUUCUCUUCUUCCAAUUUCCGCGCGCGACGUUAGCAGUCUUCGCCACUCCGUUCCAAGACAAACCAAGUACGCAUUUGUGAUAAUUGAUACUGCACAUUCCGUUAUAGGAGCAGAACUCGCCAUGGACUUGCGACACGUUCCCAAUGUCAUAGUGAAAAGCGCCGGAAACAAUUCGGAACUGCUCGCAGCGACUGGAGUCAAGCUUCUACCAGCUCUUCUCAUUGUAGACGAGAAAAAUAACGUAAAAGUACUGCAAGAGGCGUUACCGUCGACAGACAUCGCGCGAAAUACCAUCAAAGAGUAUCUGUCUUCCAUGCACAUUUCCAUCCCUAACGUAACUCUCAAGGGUGAGCUUUUUACCGGAAAGUGGAUCAACGCCAAAGUACCCGAUAUGUCCGAAUUGAUGGAGGCGCGCGAAAAGGAGAAUCUCAGACAAAGAAUAAAGCAAAUGGGGGACGUAGUGUUUCAAGCCGACCUAGAGACGGCUCUCAGAUACUCGUUCAAGCUUGAAGUGGGUUCCGUGAAGACCAUCUCGGGCGAGCGCCUCACAGCCUUGGUGGAUUACGUCUCGAUUCUGGCAAAGUAUUUCCCGUUCGGAAUUGCCGGAAAACAGUUUCUGCACGAAUUAAAACGCAAGAUAUUGGAGGCCGGCGAGGUUCUCCAAGGUUCGGAUGUCAGCGCGUGGCUUCGCGACGCCGAACCCGAAGAUCGCCGGGUCUUCUCUUCUCCCGCCCAGUGGUUGGGUUGUCAAGGGAGUGCGAAGAAUUACCGCGGAUACCCGUGCGGAUUGUGGAAGUUAUUCCAUUAUCUCACCGUAAGUGCCGCCGAACACAACUGGGAUAACUCGGAGCAUCAUCCGCGAGAGGUUUUGGACGCGAUGCACGGGUACAUAAAGAACUUCUUUGGGUGCAGCGAGUGCAGUCGCCACUUUCAGGAGAUGGCCCUAAAAAAAGACAUGAAAGGCGUGAGUUCCCUUGACACCUCCAUUUUGUGGCUGUGGAUGGCCCAUAACGAAGUUAACAAGCGUCUGGCGGGCGAUACGACCGAAGAUCCGGAGUUUCCCAAGGUACAAUUCCCUCUUCCAGGACGGUGCCCGGCGUGUAGGACGAACAACACCUGGAAUUUGCAAGACGUCGUCGGAUACAUGAAGCAAGUCUACAGCAGCAUUAACGUCCGCUACAUCGGAUCGGAUACCAGAAUUCUGCAUUUGGGCUUGGAAGGAUCUUCCACUAACGAUUCGACGACGUUCUUUCUGAAAAACGUGGAUCCCACGGGGUUACAAGAAAAAGAUGUACGUGCAUGACCUCCUGGGAAAGGUUUGAGAGAGAAAGAGACAGUGACGACGGCGCGUUUCAAUUAUUUGCUCCUAAGGGCGGUCUUCCGGGGGUAAGGUUUCAAUUUGUAAGACUAGAAAACUAGACAUCACAUGACACGUAGCGUUGAAACUAGGAUUAAGACUGAAUCAUAAGCCAACUUAUUUUAGGUGUUUGGAUUUUUUGUAAAUAUUGUAUAAAUAUAUUAUUAUUUAUUUUUA